CCGGCCGUUCCCCAGUUUUCUGCACUCUCCCGGGUUCAGGGGCGGUAGGGUGCGGAGUCUUCAGCUCAGCGUCCUAGGCAUUUCUCUGCAAGUCCCGGAAUCUAGAGCAAGCAUUGCGAGGCAGGAGGACUUGGCAGCAGGAUGUCAGUUUCGAAAUGCGGGAUGAUGCCUCUGACUCAUUAAGUUCCAUAGGAAGAUUGCUACACCUAGACCUUUGCUUAUAGAUCAUCACCGUUAUUCCUACCAACGUCUUGUGUCGUUGAGCAUAUCAGUUAAGAUGCCUUAGAAAAAGAACCAUGGAGAAGUAUGUCAGACUGCAGAAGAUUGGAGAAGGUUCAUUUGGAAAAGCCAUUCUUGUUAAAUCUAUAGAAGAUGGCAGACAAUAUGUUAUCAAGGAGAUUAAUAUCUCAAGAAUGUCCAAUAAAGAAAGGGAAGAAUCGAGGAGAGAAGUUGCAGUGUUGGCAAACAUGAAGCACCCAAAUAUUGUCCAGUAUAGAGAAUCAUUUGAAGAAAAUGGCUCUCUCUACAUAGUGAUGGAUUACUGUGAAGGAGGGGACCUUUUUAAACGAAUAAAUGCUCAGAAAGGCAUUUUGUUUCCAGAGGAUCAGAUUUUGGACUGGUUUGUACAGAUAUGUUUGGCCCUGAAACAUGUACAUGAUAGAAAAAUUCUUCAUCGAGACAUAAAAUCACAGAAUAUAUUUUUAACUAGAGAUGGGACAAUACAACUUGGAGAUUUUGGAAUUGCUAGAGUUCUUAAUAGUACUGUCGAACUGGCUCGGACUUGCAUAGGGACCCCAUACUACUUGUCACCUGAAAUCUGUGAAAACAAACCUUACAAUAAUAAAAGUGACAUUUGGGCUCUCGGAUGUGUCCUUUAUGAGAUGUGCACUCUCAAACAUGCAUUUGAAGCUGGCAACAUGAAAAACCUAGUACUGAAGAUAAUAUCUGGGUCUUUUCCGCCUGUGUCUUUGCAUUAUUCUUAUGAUCUCCGCUGUUUGCUCUCUCAGUUAUUUAAAAGAAAUCCUAGGGAUAGACCAUCAGUCAACUCCAUAUUGGAGAAAGGCUUUAUAGCCAAACGCAUUGAAAAAUUUCUUUCACCUCAGCUUAUUGCAGAAGAAUUUUGUCUAAAAACAUUUUCCAAGGUUGGAGUACAGCUUAUACCAGCUAAAAGACCUUCCUCGGGACAAAGCUUGGCUUCUGUUAUGUCUGCUCAGAAAAUUACAAAGCCUGCUGCUAAAUAUGGAGUGCCUUUAACGUAUAAGAAGUAUGGAGAUAAAAAAUUACAUGAAAAGAAACCACUUCAAAAACAUAAACAGGCCCAUCAAACUCCAUUGAAGAAGGUGAAUCCUGGAGAAGAAAGGAGGAAAAUGUUUGAGGAAGCAGCAAGAAAGAGAGGGUCGGAAUUUACUGAUAAAGAAAAGAAACAAAAAGAUCAGAUUAGUUUCAUGAAGGCUGAGCAGAUGAAAAGGCACGAAAAGGAAAGGUUGGAGAGAAUAAAUAGGGCCAGGGAACAAGGAUGGAAAAGCGUGCUAAGUGCUGGAGGAGGUGGUGAAGUAAAGGCUACCUUUUUUGGCAGUGGAGGGGCUGUGGCUCCAUCAUCUUUUUCUUCUCGAGGACAAUAUGAACAUUAUCAUGCUAUUUUUGAUCAAAUGCAGCAACAAAGAGCAGAAAAUAAUGAAGUUAAAUGGAAAGGAGAAAUACAUGGGCAAAGGCUUCCAGGAAGGCAAAGAGGACAGCUAGCUGUGGAAAGAGCUAAACAAGUGGAAGAGUUCCUACAGCGGAAACGGGAAGCAAGGCAGAAUAAAGCUCGUGCCGAAGGACAUAUGGGAAUCCUGCAAAACCUGGCAGCUAUGUAUGGAGGCAGGUCCAGCUCUUCAAGAGGAGGGAAGCCAAGAAACAAAGAGGAAGAGGUGUAUCUUGCAAGGCUGAGACAAAUAAGAUUGCAGAAUUUCAAUGAGCGCCAACAAAUUAGAGCCAAACUUCGUGGUGAAAAGAGAGAAGUUGACAAUUCUGAAGGACAAGGAAGUGGGGAAGCUGACACGAGGCGUAAGAAGGUUGAAGUUUUUAAGGCCCAAGCAAGUGCGCGUGCUGCUGUUCUAAAAGAACAAUUGGAGCGGAAGAGAAAGGAAGCAUACGAGAGAGAGAAGAAAGUGUGGGAAGAGCAUUUGGUGUUGAAAGGAGUAAAGGGUUCUGAUGUGUCUCCUCCUUCGGGGCAGCAUGAAGCAUGUGGCUCUCCAUCAAAGCACCAGAUGAGAUCUGUUAUUUCUGUGACUUCAGCUUUGAAAGAAGUGGGUAUGGACAGAAGUUUAACUGAUACCCAGGAAAGCUCAGAAGAAACUCAAAAGAUGAGCAGUGCUAUUUCAAGUAAGCGAGAAAUACUGCGUAGAUUAAAUCAAAAUCUUAAAGCUCAAGAAGAUGAAAAAGGGAAGAAGUACCACUCUGAUAUGGGUGAAGCAAUUGUUCACGAAGAUGACAAAAAGCAUGAAAAAGAAAAGUCAGUUUCAUCUGAUCGCAAGAAGUGGGAGGCAGGAGGUCAACUUGUGAUUCCUCUGGAUGAGUUUACAUUGGAUACAUCCUUCUUCGCAGCUGACAAACACACAGUAGGUGAGGUUAUUAAAUUAGAUCCUGGAGGAUCACCACGAAAAGUCUGGGGAAAAAGCCCUACAGAUUCUGUUCUAAAGGUACUUGGAGAAGCUGAACUGCAACUUCAGACAGAACUGUUAGAAAAUAUGACCAUGACCAGCGAGAUUUCUCCUGAAGGGGAGAAGUACAAACCCUUAAUUGUCGGAGAAGAACAAGCAAAAGGUAUUUCGCUUGAAAUGAACAUAUCAGCUACUGGUGAUUCUUCUGUUGAGACAAACAGCCCAAAGUUUAGGGAGAUAGCUCCACCGAUAUCAUUGCAACCAGAAGGCAAUUUGGAUGAACCAGAUGACUUAGAGACAGAAGUUCUGCAAGAGCCAAGUGAAGCAGACCAAGGUGGUGGCUCACCUUGCCCUGUUAUUGACGUAUGGGUUCGUGAGAUGAAAGAAACAAAGGAAACCAAAUUUGAAGAUAGCAUUACCAUUCAGCAAGAUGAAGUUUCUGAAGAUACAGUCUCCAGGAAUAUGGAUCAACUUAGUGAAGUUCAUAUAGAACCAAGAAUAGAUGAUUCUGAGCACUCUAAGUGUGACAUAGACAAAUCUAUGCAACCAGAACCAUUUUUCCAUAAAGUGUUUCAUCCCGAACACUUGAAUGUAGUCUCUCAAAUUCAGUCAAUUCUUUGUUCACCAGAAGAAUCCUUUCCACUUCGAUCUCGCUCUGAUUCACCACCAAAAAAUAAAACCAAGAAUUCCUUGCUGAUUGGACUUUCAACUGGUUUAUUUGAUGCAAACAACCCAAAGAUGUUGAGAACAUGUUCACUUCCAGAUCUCUCAAAGCUGUUCAGAACACUGAUGGAUGUUCCCACUGUAGGAGAUGUACGCCAGGACAAUCUGGAAGUAGAUGAAAUUGAAGAUGAGCACAUUAAAGAAGGACCUUCUGAUUCUGAAGACAUUGUGUUUGAAGAAACUGACACAGAUUUACAAGAGCUUCAGGCCUCUAUGGAGCAGUUGCUUAGGGAAGAACCUGGGGAAGAGUACAGUGAGGAGGAAGAGUCAGUUUUAAAGAACAGUGACAUUGAGCAGACUGCAAAUGGGACUGAUGCGCAAGAUGAGGAAGACAACCCCAGCAGUGAAAGCGCCCUGAAUGAAGAGUGGCACUCAGAUAACAGUGACGGUGAGAUAACUAGUGAGUGUGAAUAUGACAGUGUCUUUAACCAUUUAGAGGAGUUGAGACUCCACCUGGAGCAGGAAAUAGGCUUUGAAAAGUUCUUUGAAGUUUAUGAGAAAAUAAAGGCUAUUCAUGAAGAUGAAGAUGAAAAUAUUGAGAUUUGUUCAACCAUAGCUCAGAAUAUUUUGGGAAAUGAACAUCAGCAUCUUUAUUCCAAGAUUCUUCAUUUAGUCAUGGCAGAUGGGGCCUACCAAGAAGAUAAUGACGAGUAAUCCUCAGAACAUUCUUUAAUCUUCAACUGUAUGAAAGCAUUUAAAUUUGGCUCAUCAGAAUAACAAGGUUCAGUGGAGAAUGUAGCAGUUUUUUAUAAAUGAUAUAUCAGAUUUAAGAUGGGCAUGCUGAUUGCAUGAAAAAGAUGGACAAACAUGACAUUUUUCAAUUAAGAUUCAAUUGAGUUCUGUAGUUACUUCCUGCAGAAUAUAUACUUUAUUAAAUCAUCCAACCAAAGCAAAGAGACAUUGAUCCAGAACUGGACUUGAUGGUUUUGAAGAAGAUUUACCAUGAAGUAAGGUAAUUUUUACUUUCAGCAAAUGUCUUUAUGUUAAAAGAAUUACAUGGGUUGUGAAAGACCUGCCUGUGGUGUUUCAUUUGAGUAUUUAAAUAUAACCCUUUUUUUUUUCUGUUUUCUUGUUGUCAUGACCAGCAAUUAAGUAUCAAAUAACCUUGUCAAGGGCUCUACUUAAAUCUUUACAUUUUGAAGAUGGAAUUUUUAGCCUUCAAGUUUAUAUUCUCUGUCCUUUUUCAACCAGUGUGUUUCCUGAAGUAGCUCAGUGAAAAGUCUAUAGAAACAGUCUUUGAUAUCAUUGAAAAAUUUGAUUAUGAAAGAAUAGCAAAAUUCUAUUUCCUGAUGUUAAAAAAGGUUAAUUACUUUUGUUUCUUUUUAAUGACCAGAACCAGGAAUAUUACACCUAAAAAUUAAUCUGUGAGUUUUAACAUUGACCUAGCAUAUAGCAUAAAGUUAUUCCUUUAUGUUUUCUCUCAUGCAUGUGCUUAUUUGAGAUUAAAAAGGAGAAAGGAGUCGUUUUUAUUUUGACACUGUGACAGUUUGGGUAACUGUUACUCCGAAGGGGGUAAAUGCUGCCUCUUUUAUUUCCAUUAUGAGAAGAUCAUUAAGAUGAUAGUCACACAGCUUCAUGACGUAGUUUCAUUAGCGUCGUCUCAAGUCCAGAUGCUUUCAGUAAUGAAAGCAGAUUUAUUUUGAAACUUGAGAACAGAGCAGCCUGAUUGGCAUAAUCUAUAAUUAGAACAAUAAAAUCAUAUCUGGCAGCACUAUCGGUACUGUGCUGAAUUUAUUAUGUGUAUUAUUUCUAACUUCUAAAACUACUUGAUUUUUUUACAUUUAUUUUGUAAUAUUACUAUUAAAUUCUUACUGUCUACCUGAAGUACACUAUUUGUUGUUAUAUAUUUAUUAGCAUUAUUCUCAAUAGAAUUCUUCUACACAGAGCUGAGGAUAAUUUUGUUUCCUUUACCUGAUGAUUUUCUUCCCUUUUUUUAGAGUAGAAGAAUAUUUGAAUUCUAUAAUUUAAUUCUCUAUAAUCCUAAAAGAUGGGAAUGAUUUGGAGAGGGGGUUGUUUUUUUUUGUCUUAACCUAUCACAACUAUUAGAAAAGCAAAUAAGGUAUACCAGUAGAAAAGUUGUUUAGCCAUAUUUCAAAAGAUGCCAUAUAUAUAAGAAUAGGGAUGACAAAUAGGGUUUGUGUCACCUUUAGUCGGUGGUGGUGCAUGGCUCUGGAGUGCUCUUAUGGAAAGGUCGUCUGUGUCAGUGGGGAGGAGGGCUGUAUUGGUCAGUAAGAUGUGUUCCACGUGCUGGAGGUGACGUGUGGAAGCAUUUGUAGGUUAACAGUAGAGCUAGAAUGGGCUAUGAAGGCAAUUUAGUACUGUCUUCAUUUAACAGGCAGGGCCUUGAGUUUUAAUGUGAAUGAAGGCACUUACAUAAUGGCCAGCGUGAGGCAAGUUCUAGGUCUUACACAGUGCUGUUUGUUACACAUUUUUUAAUACUGUCCUUUUAAAAGUAAAAGUUUGUAAAUUUUAUGAAGUCUGAUUUUUCUUUCAGAAAUUUGUAUUUUUUUGAAGUCUGUUCAAAGAACUUUUGUGAAGUUCUUUUACAAAAACCUGAAGUAACUAAGAUUUCCCCUAUGUUUUCUUUUACUAUUGUUGCUCCUUUUGAUCAAUGAUCAUGGUGUAUAUCUCUGCAGUUUUAUCGUUUUCAGUGCACAAAUCAUGCACUUUUUUGUCAAAUGUAUCCCUCAGUAUUUCAUAAUUUUUGAUGCAAUUAUACAUCAUAUGUUAAAAUUUUCUAUUUGUGAUUAUUUUUCAUUAGUAUGUAAAAAUUUAUUUUUAAUAUUGACCUUGUAUCCUGCAAUCUUGCUUAACUCUCUUUCCAGUUGUU